AUGCCUGGUGUUAUUGCACAGCCCGAGUCCGGCUUCCACAACAUCACGGUGAAGAAGCUUCAUCCAACUUUUGCGGCACAAAUCAGCGGUGUAGACUUCUCUCAGCCACUGUCGGACGAGACCUUCGAUGAAAUCCUUCGCGCCGUAACCAAAUACGGGGUCGUGGUCUUCCGCAGCACCAACCUGACGGACGAGACGCACUUGGCAUUCGCCCGUCGAUUCGGAGAACUCGACGACGUCAAACCGUACAUCUCGGCCGGUCGCAAGAACAGACUGCGAUAUGACGAGCUCUUUGAUGUCAGCAACGUCGAGGUGGACGGCACGAUCCUCGAUCCCGAAAGCGCAAGAGGCCAGGCGAACAAGGGCAAUGAUUUGUUCCACGUCGACUCCAGCUUCAACCCCCGACGGGCGGGAUAUUCGCUGUUGCUAGCGCACGAGCUGCCGCCGCCAGGAAUGGGCGGACACACAGCCUUCGCUGACACGAGGACCGCGUAUGACGACCUGCCGGCAGACCUGAAAGAGACGCUGCACCGCAACAACUACGUGGCCGCGCACUCGACGCACCACUCCCGCAAGCUCGCGGCGCCGGAAUUCUUCAAGGACCUGGACCCUCUCGACUACCCGAUGGGGCGGCAUUACCUGGUCCAGAAGCACGAGAGCUCCGGCCGGAUGAACCUGUACAUUGCCUCUCACGCCCAUCACCUGGAAGGGCUGGAGGCGGAGCAAUCGCAGGCGCUGUUCGAUCGGCUCUACAAGCACGCCACCCAGCCCAAGUACACGGUCGAGAUCGAGUGGCAGACUCCGGGGGACUUGGUCAUCUGGGACAAUACGUGCACCAUGCACCGAGCCGUGGGCGGGCCGUUCCUGCGCAAGUACCGACGCGACAUGAGACGCGCCACUGUCCACGACUCCAGCUCCCAGGCCUGGGGACUCAACGAGCAUUCUGAUGUGCGAGUUGGGCUGCCAUGA